UUACCUAUUCUAAACCAUGCAAGUACGAGACUUGUUCAAUAUUUGUAGUACAGUAGAGGAUGGCAAUUAAUAUGUAUUAGUUAGGUUUUGCUUACUCAUGCUCCCAAUAAUGACUCCCAAAGACACGAAAAUCCCCAUAAAUACAUGCAUAAACUCUUCACACUCUCAAUCCACAAUAUAAUGAAAAUGGAGGGUGGUAAUAAUUUGUGGAAGAAAGAGCUGCUUCUAAAGCUUGUUUUGGUUGCUAUGGGAGUUGUGAACACAGUGCAUGGGCAUGGGACGCGUGUAGGGUUCUAUUCCAGAACAUGUCCAGGUGUUGAAUCCAUUGUUACCUCCACAGUUGAGUCCCACGUUAGGUCUGAUCCUACUUUGGCUGCUUCGAUACUUAGGCUGCACUUCCAUGAUUGCUUUGUCCGAGGUUGUGAUGCUUCUGUUCUUAUUGCUGGCUCUGCUACCGAGAGAACAGCACCGCCAAACGUUAAUCUCAGAGGAUACGAGGUUAUUGACGAUGCAAAAGACAAGCUCGAAGCUCUCUGUCCUGGUGUUGUGUCCUGCGCUGAUAUCCUUGCUCUUGCUGCUCGUGAUUCUGUUGUUCUGAGUGGUGGAAGAAGUUGGAAAGUGCCAACAGGACGCAAAGAUGGAAGGGUUUCAAUCGGCAGCGAAACCAGCAGUUUGCCUGGUCCUAAUGACACUGUCUCAGUGCAGAAGAGGAAGUUUCGUGAUAAGGGUCUCAACACCAUAGACCUCGUCGUUCUCGCUGGUGGCCAUACAAUAGGCACAAGCGCUUGCCAAUUUUUUGCAGACAGAAUAUACAACCCUAAUGGCACCACUGAUCCUUCCAUCGACCCUUCAUUUGUUCCGUUUCUGCGACAGAUUUGCCCACAAAACCAACCAACGAAACGAGUGGCACUAGACACUCAUAGCCAAUUCAAAUUCGACACUUCCUACUUUGCUAACCUAAAGAGAGGCCGUGGAGUUCUCCGUUCUGAUCAAGCGCUCUGGACUGAUCCUUCCACCAGACCCUUUGUUCAGAAAUACUUAGCCACCGCUCCUUUCAACUACCAAUUCGGCAACUCUAUGGUUAAGAUGGGUAACAUUGGUGUCAAACAGGGUGACGAGGGUGAAAUUCGCAACAAAUGUUCUGCUAUAAAUUAAUUAUUAUUGUUCUCUACUUCCUUGGACUAGCUUUUCAUGUGUGUCUGUUACUGCAUACUGUUCUGGGGGUUCUGAGAUCAAACUUCACUGAACCUCCUUAAUUUCUUUCAUAUGUAUACUACCACUAUAAAGCUUUGCUUUAUCAGUGGAUGAAUAAAGCAAUACAAAUAUUACAUACAA